UGCACAGCACAUCACCAGAAGCCUGUGCCCUGGCCUGGGACUUCAGUUGCUGGCCCUGGCUUGAUUUUGCCCAGACGCCUCUCUCCAGUUCCCCAAGGCGAGCCCAGCAGUCACCCGGUCAGGCCUCUCUGCAAGCACCUGGAAUGAUUGGACUGUGUGGCAAAUGAGGCGGGAAGAGCUCAGCGCCCAGCUCAGCCCCACAAGACGCCCGCGCCAUGCUCCCGCUCAGCGAAGACACCCCCCUGAUCAGCAGCCGGAGCCACAGCCUGUCCUCCAGCAGCUCCAGCACCCUCCAGGUGCACCUUUACCACCGACCAGAUGCUGUGCAGCUCUCCCCAGACACCGCGGGGACCUUGUGCUUCCCCACUGGGGAGUACACUGCAGAGGGUCUGUGCAUCACAGCAGCAAAGGCAUGCGGGAUUCUUCCUGUCUGCCACUCCCUCUUUUCACUGGCCACGGAGGACCUCUCCUGCUGGUUCCCACCCAGCCACGUCUUUACUGUGGAUGAGUCAUUCAGCCAGACAGUCGUCUACAGGAUCAGGUUUUUUUUCCCUGACUGGUUUGGGCCCAGAAAAUCCUAUCGCUGUGGUCUCAGAGGUGACCAAGUAAACCCAGUUCUGGAUUACCCAACCAUAGAUUAUCUAUUUGCUCAACGCCGCAGCGACUUCAUCGGCUCCAAGGCAGAUGUCACCUGGACACUGGAGGCCCAGGAGACCUGCCUCAGCCUGGCCGUGCUGGACAUGCUGCGCAUCUCGCAGGAAAGGAAACACAGCCUGCAGGAGACGCUGCGCAGCAUCAGCUACAAGUCGUGUCUCCCGGAGAAGCUGCGAUGCCAGUUGCGGGCGCAGAGCUUCGUCACCAGGAGACGGAUCCGGCGCCAGUUCGGCCGCUCGCUGCGCCGGUUCGGCUGCCUCCAGCCCGAGGCGCGCUCCCUCAAGCUCAAGUACCUGAUGGAACUGGAAGCGCUGGAGGGCCGCGCAUCCGGGGAGACCUUCUUGGCCAAGAUCCCGAGCACGACGGCCUCGGACGCUGCGCGGCUGAUUCACGUGUCUGCGGAAAAGGGGAUCGUGUCAAGCCGGGGGGAUCCUGCGGCUGGGCAUCCCUUCUGCGACUUUCCAGAAAUUGCUGACAUCUCCAUCAAGCAAGCCAGCCAGGACGGCCUCCCCGUGGAAGACCGCAUCGUGAGCGUGACCAAGACGGACUGCCGGGUCCUGGAGGUGCAGUUCCCCGCUCUGUCCACGGCCCUCUCUUUCGUCUCCCUCGUUGACGGCUAUUACCGGCUGAUGGUGGAUUCCUACCACUACUUCUGCAGGGAGGUGGCCCCCCCGCGGCUCCUGCAAGAUCUGGAGGGAGACUGCCAUGGCCCCAUCACGUCAGAAUUUGCGAUACACAAACUGAAGCAGGCAGACUGUCCCAGGGGAGCGUACAUCCUUCGACACAGCCCAGAAGAUUUUGAGAGCUUCCUGCUCACCACCUGCCUUGAGACCCCGUUGGGCAAGGACUUCAAGAGCCUGCUGAUCCAGAGGAACUGGGAUGGGAACUUCUCCACCGCUGGGGUGGCCAAGAGCUCCUGCAGCCUGCUGGAACUGCUGGAGACCUGGCAGCAUGUCGGCGCCCUCCCCGGCAGCUCCCUGUGCCCCCCACAGGCCAAAGAAAAAUCCAACCUGCUGAUUGUCCGUGGGGGCAGCUGCCACCAGUUGCCCACCUCCCCAGCCAUUCCCCGACGUGCCAUUAACCAGAUGAUGUUCCACAAAAUCCAGGCAGAGAACCUGGUGCAGUGCGAAAGCCUGGGGCAAGGAACCUUCACCCGGAUCUACCGGGGCCUCAAACGGGAUCCGCAGGACAGAAACGCUGAGGGGGAGGAGGAGCCCGGGGGCCACCAGACUGAAGUUGUGAUGAAGAUCUUGGACCACAGCCACUCCCACUUGGUCGAGCCUUUCCUCGAGGCGGCCAGCAUGCUCAGCCGGCUCUCGCACAAGCACCUCGUCCUGCUCUACGGUGUCUCUGUGGGGACAGAAAGCAUCAUGGUGCAAGAGUGUGUGUGGCACGGCGCCCUGGACACGUACUUGCGGAGGAGCACGGCCGCUGGCGGAGUGACGCCCACGUGGAAGCUGCAGGUGGCCAAGCAGCUUGCCUAUGCCCUCAACUUCCUGGAGGACCAGAAGACCAUUCAUGGCAAUGUCUCUGCCAAAAAAGUCCUGCUGGCCCGUGAGGGAGAUGCGGCAAGAGGGCAGACCCCCUUCAUCAAGCUCAGUGACCCUGGCGUCAGCACCACCGCCCUGGCGAAAGACCUGCUAGUUGAACGCAUCCCGUGGAUUGCCCCCGAGUGCCUGGAAGAUGCCAAGAACUUGGCGACUGAGUCAGACCGGUGGAGCUUCGGAGCCACUUUGUGGGAGAUCUUCAAUGGUGGGAACAUGCCGUGGAGUGCCAUGGAACCCCAAGCGAAGCUCAAGUUCUACCAGGACCGUGGCCAACUGUGCCCUCUCAGGUGGACAGAGCUGGCUGGCCUGGUGGGCCGGUGCAUGCAGUAUGACCCACGGCGGCGCCCAGCCUUCCGUGCCAUCAUGCGGGAGCUCAACAGCCUCACCACUUCCGAUUACGAGCUUCUAUCAGACCUCCCAGCCACUGACCACUUUGCAGGGUACAUGGAUCCCUCCUUGUGCCAGGAUCCCACCCUCUUUGAGGAUCGCCACCUGAAAUACAUCUCGCUGCUGGGCAAGGGGAAUUUCGGGAGUGUGGAGCUGUGCCGCUAUGACCCACUGGGGGACAGCACUGGCGAGCUGGUGGCAGUGAAGCGCCUGCACCAGAACUCAGCCGAGCAGCGCCAGGACUUCGACAGGGAGAUUGCCAUCCUGCGCACCCUGCACCAUGACUUCAUCGUCGCCUACCGCGGGGUCUGCUACAGCUGGGGCCGGAACUGCCUCCAUCUGGUAAUGGAGUACCUGCCCAAUGGUUGCCUGAGGAACUUUCUGCAGAAAAACCAGGAGCGGCUGGACCUGCGGAAGCUGCUUCUUUAUGCCUGGCAGGUCUGCAAGGGCAUGGAUUACCUGGGUGCUCAGCGCUACAUCCACAGGGACCUGGCUGCCAGGAACAUCUUGGUGGAGAAUGAGAACCGCGUCAAGAUCGGUGAUUUCGGCCUGGCCAAAAUCCUGCCGCAGGGCAAGGAGUACUACGUGGUGCGAGAACCUGGGCAGAGCCCCAUCUUCUGGUAUGCACCAGAAUCUUUGGCUGACAAUGUCUUCUCCCAGGAGUCGGAUGUCUGGAGUUUUGGCGUGGUCUUGUACGAACUCUUCACCUACGGGAGCAAGAGCCAUAGUCCCUCGGAGGAAUUCCUCUGCAUGAUGGGGCACAGCAGGCCCGCCACGAUCGCCUGCCACCUCCUGGAGCUGCUGAAGCAGAACAGGCGACUCCCGGCCCCUGCAGGAUGCCCCGCGGAGGUUUUUGCCCUGAUGCAGUCAUGCUGGACCUUUGCACCGAGUCAGCGGCCCCGAUUCUGCAAGCUCGCGCCACAGAUUGAAGCCCUGAGGAGCAGCCACUGCCAAGCCUGGGUCUAGGAGGGGAUGCCACAGGGGUUCUUGCGCAUGCCACCCCGAGGGUAUGAUAUUCCCAUUUGCUGUUGCUGUCACCAUGGGGCACUGGGGGAAGCCCUGCUCCGACAUCCGGGCACGGCCAGACCCACCUCACCACUGCUGCGGACCUGCUUUCCUGGGCUACAUUGGCCUCCUCGUGGAACCUCUUUCUGCAGCAUUGAAGGGGUCCCCCGAUCCACAGUCCUAGGAACAUCACUGCGUGUGCAGGAGAGACGGUCCCUACAGGCAGAGGUGCCCCGGCGUGCUGGUCUGUGUGAACUUUUGCAGCCCAGGCCUGUAGGACAGAGACCUCCAGAAACCAGCCUGCUCUUGGUGCCUGCAUGCAUCAACACACAAAUAGCACCUAGGAUUUAUCUGAAUGCCAUCAGAGGCAAAAGCAGACAGGGCACCUCCCCCAAAUGCGAAUUAAAUAAGCUGCAGAGCUAAUUUGCACUCUGAGGCAGGUCAGUCCACAUCAGACAGAAAUAAACAAAAGCAACAUAGUUGGGUUUCCUCCUCAGCUCCAUUACUGAGUGCAGGACAAGGUGGGUGCAGGUUACAGCGUGUGACAAGUGCGGUGUUAACUCGUGCUUGAAAAUCUCCCCCUUGCUUGACAUGAGCUACUGCAUGUGUUUGGAGAGCACCAGGCUUUGCAGUGCAGCUAGUCCUCACUGAGGCAAGAGGAUGCUUACAUUACAUUUCUCUGGAAUGCCCUUCCAUGCAUUGUUCAGGUGGACACCAACAUUGCCUUGGUUUUGAUUGCUCCUGAAGCCUUCUUUCUUUGAAAAACCCUUCUGGAAUGAACCAGCCACUGUCUUUACUGUCCCUGUUCCCAUUUUUCUUAUCUGUAGCAUCUCCCCUAUUGUUCAUCACUCUGGAAUCCCCUUGUUGGAAUAUGGAUCAGUCUAUCCUCCUGGUAAACAGAGAAAUACAUUAUCCAAUAUACUUGGCAGGCCAGAUUCUGCUCCUGAAUCCAAGACUGAAGCCCUUGAUAGUGCAGAGAAUACACUGGGCUAGAGCUGUUUUAACUUGUACAUGCUUUCUAUUUUAAAUUUCUUGUUUUAUACUAUGCCCUAAUAUGUUUUAUAAUAUGCCUUAUUUUAACUGUGAUGCUUCUGACAUGAAUAGAGAGGAAGGAAGGAAGGACAGAAGGAAAGAGUGCAGAGAAUUUGCUGGGCAGGGGAACCCAAGAACCAGGGAAACAAAGAGGUGAAUGGGGCAGACCAGGGCCCUUCAGAGCACGGCACAGCUUGUGCUGACGGGCAGCUUUCAGGGUCAGCAACUGUACCUGGGGCCUUUGGAAGAAAAGCACAUCUCCACUAUUGAGCAAUGCUCCUUCCCUUGCCAACAAAGCAAGACUGUGACCCUCAAGGUUCUUGUGACAAAAGAGCUGAUUUAGGGAAGAACGAGGAAAUGGCCCCCUAUCUCCCAGGCCUCUGGUGGGAAGGCUGCUCUCUGGUCAGGAGCUGAUCAGAGGAGAGAGAUUUGCCUGCUCCUCCAGCCUUCCACACCUCAAUUAUGGUUCGAAGGAGUGCAUUUAGACUGCACCUUCCGGGGGGCGGGGCGGGGGGAGGACUUGUGUAUAUGAGUGCAUUAUUUGUGCUUGCACAGGAGCCUGCAGGCAGAGUGUGGGUUGCACACUCUGGACUGCUAGAACUUGUCCCCAGAGAAGCUGUAAGACGUGGUCAAUGCUGCAAUCUGCCAACCCGGAGUUACUGUGCAGUUGCGGAGCCGAGCCCUGUGUUGCAAGAAGGCACUCCUGCUGCCACCAGAAUGCUCGCCGUAAAGAACUACAUUGCAGUGCGGCAUCUGCAAAUCUGGCGUUUCUCUUCCACGUGUACUGAAGCAGUUGUGCAGCUAACUCCCACUCCAGGUACAGGUUUGAUGGGAAUCCUGAUGCCUCUUGAGCAGCACUGGCAUGUCACUAGGAAUGGGUCCAAAGACCUCCAACUUCCUCUCAGAGCCCGUUCUGACUCAAGCCCAUAUCAGAUGGGGAGCUUGGCUUCUUUCUCUCUCGCAUGAAGACGUGUGCAUAUUUCUCUGCUUAUGUUUCCAAAUGCACACAUCAUUUCUAUGCACCUUUGUGCUUUUCCAUUGAUUAAAGCAAAUUUGUAUGCUCA